AUGGACAUUCUCAAAGUAUUGUCCCGCGGGACAAAAAAGACCACCAAAGCCUCCGGUCUCAAUACCAACACUCAACUCCCCUCCGCUGGCACCAAAGCCAAUCCUCAGCUCUACCAUGACGAAAUCAGAGGCAUGAAGCGCAAGCGUGGCGCCGAACAGAAGGAAGAUUCGGCUCCCACGGAAUUACCAGUCGUUGAUUUCUUCGCCCCCAAACCAGAGGCCUCAGAAACCAAGAAGGCGGUGCACCAAAAAGAAGAGCGCGAGCCAAGUCCGCCGCGGUCCGCCACGAAAAAAUUGACCGAAGAUGAAUGCCGACAACUCUUACGAUCGCAUCGCCUCAAGAUUACGCUUCUUUCAAAACAUGAAGAUCAGAAGAAGGUUAAGAAGUCAAAGAAGAAGAAGAAGGCUGUCAUCGAGGAAAAGAAGGAAGAAAAGAAGCAGCUGUUCCCCCAGCCACUCGAGUCUUUUGGCGAUUUGCGCACUACGUACGGAAUAUCUCGUCAGGUUGCGGAGAACCUGGUUCAACAGAGCUACCGACUUCCUACAGAGGUGCAGAUGGGCAGUUUACCCUUGCUACUUCAACCUGAAGUUGCCCUUGGCGAGGAGGAGGAGGACUUGGAUGAAGGGAUCGAUUUUCUUGCUGUUGCCCCGACAGGUAGCGGAAAGACGAUUAGUUUUCUGAUUCCAGCAAUUAACAAUAUCAUGCGGAGACGGGCGCAAGAGAAUUUACAGGGUAUUCACGAGCUCGAAGCUGUGAUUGUCGCACCGACAAGAGAACUGGUUCACCAGAUUGUGAAUGAGGGAAGCAAGCUUAUGCAAGGGACGGGCGUUAAGAUUGUUGCCAUGAAGAAGACGACGCAACUUUCUGCGGAGCAACAGGUUCUCGCUGAUGAUAGCUCGGAGGAUGAAGAUGAGCACGAUGAUGACGAUGAGUCAGACUCUGAAGAUGACAAGAAACCCAAGGGAAAGAAACCUAAGCCUCACCCUCUUACCAAGACGGAUAUUCUCGUUACGACGCCGGCACUCCUGCUGAACUUUUUGACAUCAGGUCCGAGUGGUACCCAGAAGGUCUUGCCCAUGGUCAGGGAUCUGAUACUCGACGAGGCAGAUGUUCUCCUGGAUCCGCUCUUUAGAGAACAAACGUUGGGGUUGUGGACAGCCUGUACCAACCCCCAUCUACGAUUAUCAUUCUGGUCGGCAACAAUGGGCUCCAACAUUGAGGCCCUCGUCACAGAGAAACUAAAGGACCGAGCAGAGGCGCUAGGCACGACACCAAAACGGUUCAUACGUCUCGUCGUCGGACUCAAGGACACUGCUGUACCCAACAUUGUCCACCGACUCACAUACACAGCCAGCGAGCAGGGCAAACUCCUCGCUCUCCGACAACUCCUCCACCCAACCAGCAGCGACGACUCAGGACCACCACUCCGCCCACCGUUCCUAGUCUUCACACAAACUAUCGACAGAGCCAUGGCCCUUCACGAAGAACUAAAGUACGACAUCCCCCUUGAAGCCGGCGGUCCCUCCAGAAUCGCUGCCCUGCACAGCGCCCUUGCCGAUUCAGCCCGCUCCAGCAUCAUGCGCAAGUUCCGCGCCGGCGAAAUCUGGGUCCUCAUCACGACGGACGUGCUCGCCCGGGGCGUGGACUUUGCAGGCGUAAACGGCGUGGUUAACUACGAUGUGCCUGGCUCGGCGGCGGCGUAUGUUCAUCGCGCCGGAAGAACUGGUCGCGCCGGCCGAGAGGGCGGCAUUGCCGUCACGUUUUACACCAAGGAAGACAUACCAUUUGUCAAGACGGUUGCCAAUGUCAUUGCUGUGAGUGAGAAGCAGGCCGGUAAGACGGGUGAUGAGGCGGGCGUGCAGAAGUGGUUGCUGGAUGCCCUCCCGAAGGUGGGCAAGGCGGAUAGGAAGAAGCUGAGGGAGAGGGGUGUUGAGUCGCGGAGGAGUGGGAGCGGAAGCAAGGCGAAGAUUACGUCGAAGAGUGGGUAUGAGCGGAGGAAGGAGAAUAACCGAAGAGGGGCGAUGGAUGCGAGUAAGAGGAGGAGGGUGGAUGGUGGUGAUCAUGGUGGUGAUGAUGAUGAGGGUGAGUGGGAUGGGUUUGGGGAUUAG